AUGGCUUCUGAGAAGGAAGUUAGCAAUGGAGUGGAGUGGAGGAUAAAGAUUGCUGAUGGCUCAUCAGAGAGAUUGGUUCCCGAGGCAAAUCCUGCUAGCAGACUCUUGCUUGGUCUAAAAAGUUUUGUUGUAGGGUUGGCUUUAAAAGUGUGGAAGUUUUUGCAGAAAGCUUGGGAUUUAGGUGUAGAUGACCCCAGAAAAGUGAUCCAUUGUCUAAAGGUAGGGACGGCACUCGCUGUUGUCUCACUCUUUUACUAUACGAGGCCUCUGUACGAAGGAGUUGGAAAGAAUGCUGCUAUGUGGGCAAUCAUGACAGUUGUGGUUGUAUUUGAAAACUCUGUGGGUGCAACACUGUAUAAAAGUUUGAACAGAGUGUGUGGAACAUUUCUUGCUGGUUUUUUUGCACUUGGUGUUCAUUCUGUGGCCAGUCAAUCAGGACAGAGAUUUGAACCCAUAAUAGUUGGAGCCUCAGUUUUCCUAUUGGCUUCUGCAGCAACCUUCUCAAGAUUCAUUCCUUCGGUGAAAGCUCGGUUUGAUUAUGGUGCUAUGAUAUUCAUCCUUACCUUCAGUUUGGUUUCAGUAUCAGGAUAUCGUGAGGAUAAAUUGUUUGAACUGGCACAUCACAGAAUAUCCACUAUUAUCAUUGGCACUUCAUUGUGCAUUAUUAUAAGCAUGCUCAUUUGUCCCAUUUGGGCUGGUCAAGAGCUCUAUACUCUUACCACUCGUAACAUGGACAAGCUUGCUACUUCCCUAGAUGGUUGUGUAGAAGAGUACUUUAAAGAUAGUGGCAGUGUUGUUGAAAGUAAUAAAGAAUGUCAUAAGAAAUUGCAGGGUUACAAAUGUGUAUUAAUUUCGAAGGCAGCAGAAGAAUCUAUGGCCAAUUUCGCUAGAUGGGAGCCAGGUCAUGGCCCCUUCAACUUUAGGCACCCAUGGCAACAAUAUCUCAAAAUUGGGUCAUCAAUGCGUAGCUGUGCUUAUUGCUUAGAGGCUCUCAAUGGUUGCAUUAAUUCAGAAAAUCAGGCCCCUGAAUAUAUCAAGAAACAUCUCAACAACAGUUCUUUGAAAGUAAGCUCCAACUCUUCGAGUGUCAUAAGAGAGCUAGAAAUUACCAUCAAGACAAUGAAAAAAUCAUCUAACAUCCAUUCCUUGGUUGGGGAAAUGAAUUCUGCGGUACAAGAACUCCAAAAUGACUUAAAGUCACUUCCUAAGUUAUUCAACCCUCCAUCAAUCCCAGAAGCUGAUACUCCUGAAAAUAAAAAGAUUGAGCCAAUCUCCAGAACAAUGGUGAAAAUGCCUCUAAUGGAAAUUGUUCCACUCUUAACUUUAGCUUCCUUAUUGAUUGAAAUUGCCACAAGGAUUAGUGGCAUUGUAGAUGCUGUUGAAGAACUGGAAAAUUUGGCUAAAUUCAAGCGUGCAAGCAAUGAUAAGUGCUAA